AGAGAGAGCAAUGAGCAAUGAGCGAGCGAGCGUGCGUGGACACUGCAGGUCUUCGGCGGGGAGGUCCCUGCUGCGCGUCUACCUGUCGGAGCCGCCACGCGCCGGUCGCGGAUCCGCUGCUCCGCCGUGGAAAAAAACAAACAAACAAACAAAAGGCAGAAUGUUCCCGAGGCUCCUUUUUCACGCCUGGCUACUUUUCGUCCACGCAUCGCCGACCUGCCGCGGAUUUAACGUCGACGAGCGCUUCGCCGUCAUCAAAACGGGCCCGACCAAAGGCAGCUUCUUCGGGUUGUCCGUGGCCUUGCACCAGCAGACGGAGGGCUCGAGGAAAUACCUGCUUCUAGCGGGAGCGCCCAAAGAGAAAGCCUUGGCGUUGACGAACGUCAGCGAAACCGGUGCCGUCUACUCCUGCCCCAUCACCACGGACCCGUCGGACUGCUCCAGAUUGGACCUGGUCGGCUCAACAAACCCCUCCGAGAUGGCGGAGGGCAUGUGGCUGGGCGUGACGGUGGCAAGUCAGAGGGCACGGUCGGCCGGACGCGUUCUGGCGUGCGGCCAUCGCUACGUCAAGCUCGUACGGAGCGGUACGGAGGAGCAGCGGCGGAUGAUCGGGAAGUGCUACGUGAGGAGCAACGACCUGACCUUCGACCCCGACGACGACUGGCAGACUCACACCUACGAGGUGUGCAACCCCACUUUCGACAUGGAGGCCGAGGGCAUGUGCAACAUGGGCAUCUCGGGCGGCAUGACGGAGGACGAGGUGUACAUGGGCAGCCCGGGCAGCUACGUUUGGCAAGGAAAUGUGCACGUUAUAUGGAGAAAUCCUGAUCCUGCCAAUUCAUGGGAUUCCAAUAACAAAGACUUUGGAUCGCUGAAAAAACAAUAUAAACUCUACUAUAUGGGUUAUUCGGUUCUCCAAGAGAAGCGCCUGCUGAGCGUUGACGACUACACGGUGGUGACGGGCGCUCCCAGGCAUGAGUCCAAAGGUUCUGUGGUCCUCGCGGUCAAGACCGACAACAACAUCGAGACGGCGCUCAUCAUCCCCGGGGAACAAGUGGGGUCGUAUUUUGGCAGCAGUCUGGCCGUCGCGGACCUCAACAACGACACUUGGAACGACUUGGUCGUGGGCGCCCCGUUUUACUUUGACCGCAUGAAGGACGAGGGAGGCGCGGUUUACAUCUACAUGAACGAAAAGGGCUCGUUCCGGAAGGCUCCGACCGCCGUGCUCAGGGGGCCCGCGGCGUCCGCGUUUGGCAACGCGGUCGCCGCCGUCGGCGACGUCAACCAGGAUGGAUUCCAAGACUUUGCCGUGGGGGCUCCGUUCCACGGCACGGGCAAGGUCUACAUCUGGAUGGGAAGUAAUGAGGGAAUCUCAGAGCAGCCCAGCCAGGUGAUCGAGGGCAAGUCCGUGGACGACGGGGGGUUCAAAACAUUUGGCUACUCCAUCAGCGGAGGGAUGGACAUGGAUGACAACAGCUAUCCCGACAUCCUGGUGGGCUCCCUCGACGACCGCAUCGCCCUGCUUAGGACUCGGCCAGUCGUGGACCUAAACAAUGAUUUUAAUGUGGAGCCGAAGAUUGUAGAUCCGAAUCAAUGUCAAGGGAACGCGCCAUGCAUCAAGGCCACCCUCUGCGUGUCUUUCAAACUGAGCAACGUCAACAAAAACUUCAAGAAAAGCAUCACGGUGAAGUACACGGCGGAGGCCGACAUCGGGAGGAGGAGGAACCCGCGGGUCCGUUUCAGCGACGCCGACGACAACGCGUACACGGGCCUGCUGACCCUGCCGGCCUCCGAACGCCAGUGUCGACAUCUGAACUUGACUGUGGUGGGGCCGGUGAGGGACAAACUGGAGCCAGUGAUCUUUUCGGUCAACAUGUCCUUACAUGAACAAAAACCCAAAUCGAGACGCUCCGUUCAGAACCUGGACUCGUUCCCCAUUCUCCGUCACGGCCAGAAACUCACCCAAAGAACCGAGAUAGACUUCCAGAAGGAGUGCGGCUCGGACAACAGGUGCACCAGCAACCUGCGGCUGUCGGCCCAUUUCGCCGACAACAGGGAAAAACCCUUCCCCAGGCGGGACAAAACCCAAGUCCUUCGAUUCAACACCAGUGUGAAGAUAAUCCAGUUGAUGGUGGAGGUGACCAACUUCCCCACGGGGGGCAAAGAGGCCGAGGACGCCCACCAGGCCACGCUCAACGUCACCAUCCCCGAAGCUCUCAAAUACUCUGGCGUCAGGUCCCAGGACCACGAUGUGGAAUGUCGUUUUGAAGGCAACGUCCUUUGCGAGUUGGGGAAUCCGCUCAAAGGCAAGGAAAAGGUGUCCCUCGUCUUGAGGUUGGAGACGUCAGGCAUAGAUCUGUACACGCAGGAGAUCCAGUCUCAGCUGCUUCUGUCUACCGUCAGUGAGCAGAGCGACCUGUUUCCCGUGCCCGUCACCCUGCUGAUCGAGAACACCAUCAUUCCUUCCUUUUCCAUGGCGAACGCGCUCCUUCAGACCAAAUUUGGCGGGACGGUGAUGGGCGCGUCGGCCAUGGUGAACAGCAGCGACGUGGGCAGUCCGCUGGAGUUCACCUUCAACGUCAACAUGCAGGGGACGCCCCUCGAGGACUUGGGGACCUUGGCUGUGGAGUUUGAGUGGCCCUUUGAGGUGGCCAACGGGAAGUGGCUCCUGUACCUGACCCAGAUCAUCGUUCAGACGCAGUCUGAGAGUGAAUGUCGCCCGCCUGGAGAUGUCAUCAACCCUCUGAACUUAACGCUGACGGAGAGAGCGUCCAAACGCGCCAAGCGGCAAGUCGGGGCGGACCAAUCGGACGACGCGACCCGGCCUCGGAUGGCGGAGCCGCAGGCCGCCCUCACGCUGCUCACCCCGCGAAAAGAAUCGCAUCUGUUGGAAUGUUCCAAAGACACGGCGCGAUGCGUGACCUUCACGUGCCCUUUGUUCAACAUGAGCAACUCGGCCGAGAUUCGCGUCCGCGCUCGUUUGUGGAACAGCACGAUGCUCGAGGACUUCGCCAACGCCUUGUGGAUCAAAGUUGUCGGUGAAGCCACGCUGAAACUCAUUACAGAUAGACCCACCCUCAAAAUGGAAAGCCAGACCGCCAUGUUCACAGUGGACAUCGAACCGGUCGAGCGGGUCGAGACGCCCUACGAGCUUCCGCUGUGGAUCAUCAUCUCAGCCAUCGUCGCCGGAGUUCUGCUUCUAGGAAUCAUCAUUCUUAUACUUUGGAAGUGCGGCUUCUUCCAGCGGGCCAGCAGGAGGGAGAUGUACGAGGCCAAAGCCCAGAAGGCUGAGAUGAAGAUCCAGCCCUCUGAGACAGAGAGGCUGACUGAGGACUACUGAGACCCGCUAUGGGUCCGCACAACCGCAAACACCGCUUGGAUUCUUCAGGCGAUCCCUCUACUACCGGAUAAUGCCAAAGCACCGCGGGGUGAGAAUUCGGAAGGCCGAUCGCUAUCGGUUCAACGCUGGAUUCGAGCCGGAGGAGCCACACAAAAAGUAUUGGAUCACCAACUGGACUGAAACGCAGCAUUUCUACUACUGAGUCCCUUUGCGUUGCGUCCCUCGGCCACUGACUGACACGCCCCCCCCCCCCCCCCCAAAAAAAAAGGUCUGGAACGAGUUUGGACCAACUGUGGAUAAAAACGCAUCAAUUUUUACCGUUUUUAUUUUUAUUAUUACUGUUUGUCGAUGGUUUCACAGUGCAAUACAUUGAACAUUUUUGUCUCAGCGAUUGUAAUUGUUGAGUAUUCUUACUUAUUGCAGUGUUGUGAAUUGAAUAUUGUCAUUUUUCCUGUUCUGAAUUUCAUGCGAUAGCUUUUAAUGUUUUUUUUUUUUUUUUUGUAUUUCCACAUUGUUUUUUUUUUUUUUUUUCAAACCAAUCACCCAUGAUUUAUUUUCAUUAUUAUUAUUAUUAUUUUUUAGUAAAUACAGUAGUGGCUUGCGAUACGAGUAACAAGUGACAACUUUUUCGAGAGACUAGCCAUCGUUCAAAUGAUGGAGGAAUUAAUAAUUUAAACAUUUCACUGGGGAAACAUGAUUUGCGAGGUGGUUAUGGGAAAAAAAAUAAACUUGUAUCUCAAAGCACUACUGUAUUUGUGCUUCUAUAUCAUUGCGAUAUCUUUUUUUGCUUGCUGCAAUGAUUGUUUUUGUUUAUUUUAAUAAUCUCUUGCACUGAGAUAUGCAAAACAUGAGGAGUUCAUUUUCAAUGUUUUUUUUGUUUUGUUUUUUUCUUCAGGGACUGCCGAUGGUACUAAUGAGGGACCCAAGUAUCGCAUUUUGUCGCACCGGGCCGGCGAUGUUUUUAAUCGCGAGGCCCUGACUUGAUCACUAUUUAUUACAGUUUUGUCCAAACAUAAUCAGAGAUCGCUUUCAACUUUAUGGAUUAUUUCACACAGGGAGUCGUAACACUGGAUUCAAUCAUGCUCCGUGUUGCGAUCAACUGGUCGAUGCGUAACUAUGUUAUAAAUACGUUACCAAUUAUUUUGGUCAAUGUGUUUUUACAUUCGUUGACAACAGAACUGAUAAUUUUUUUCAUUUUUAAAGUACGGUAACAGAAAAAUGACACGGCGUUGUGGUCAUGGAUCGGGCCAGGAAGUGGAUGUCGUGUGUUGUGCAUAUUUGUACGGGACUUUGGGAUGGCGUCCAAGGCUGUUGGGUGGCUUUCGGCACUUAAAAUGCAGCUCGGACUAACGAGACAUCGAUUCAGUGGUCUCUGGUGGGGCUCAACGUUGCCUCGCUGCUUUUGCUCAUGUUACCUGAGAGCUGCCAGGUAUUCCGCCGUGACACUAAGAACCGCAGACCUUAAACAGAGGCCCCUUUGACUCCCCAGGAUGGAGAGGGGAAGGGCUAAAAUGCACAAAUUCUGCUCUGAUGACACUGUGUAAUUUUAAUGUAAUUAAAUUGUUUAUAACACGUC